AAGUCGCAGAAGACUGAGCGGCAAAGACGUGUUUGUGAAAUUGGCGGGUUUCGAAGCUCAGAGCUCAAAACCCUAAGCAAACAGUAGAAAGAUUUUUGAGUUUUGUUGAUGUUGAUCGCAGACAUGAGAUGCUUCAGAUGCUUCUACACUCGAGCCCACUCUCUUCUCCUCCUCCGAUCUUCAACUCCGGUCACCAUUCCUGUAUCCCCGGUCAGGUUCCGUCUCCGUCGUUUCUCAUCAUCUCCCGUCACCUCCGUUUUCGACCUUCCUUCCUCCAAUCAGGACGCGAAUUCCAAUAAAGAAGACAAUGAAACCAAAAUUGGAUUUUCCGAUGAGAAAUCGAGAAAAGCCGCUUCGAAUCCACGAGGAUGGAAUCCAGGAGAAGUAGUUAUGAACAAAUCAAAGAAAGGAAAAUCGAAAACUGUUUGGGUUUGUGAGAGUUGUGGUCAUUCAGAAGGGCAAUGGUGGGGGAGUUGUCGUACUUGUCAUAAGGUUGGGACUAUGAAACGUUUUUCUCAAGGUUCUGAGUCAAGUGCUAGUGGUGGUGGUGGUAGCAAUAGUACUGGCUCGGGUUUUUCGGAGAGUAAAGGUUUGUCUUGGUUACCUGAACAAGCAACGGUUCAGCCGCAUCGAUUGACUGAUGUUAUUCAUGGAAUUACUCAACAACAAUGGAGAAUUUCACUGCCUGGACUUUUUGGGAAUGAAGUUGGGAGAGUGCUUGGUGGUGGUCUUGCUCCAGGUUCGCUGAUUUUGAUUGGUGGUGACCCUGGUAUUGGCAAGAGUACUUUGUUAUUGCAGAUUGCAGCUAUAAUUGCUGAGGGGAGUGAAUUGGCUGAACCAGCACCGGUUUUGUAUAUCUCUGGUGAAGAGAGUGUCGAGCAAAUAGGAAGUCGGGCUGACAGGAUGAGAAUUCAAACUGAAGAGCUCUACCUGUUUUCGAGCUCUGAUCUUCAGGACAUUCUAAACAAAGCUCAUCGGCUAUCUCCUCGAGCUCUCAUCAUUGACUCAAUUCAAACGGUUUACCUAAAAGAUGUGACUGGAAGUGCUGGUGGUCUCACACAGGUUAAAGAGUGCACAUCAACCCUGUUGCGUUUUGCUAAGAAAUCUAAUAUCCCUGUUUUCUUGGUUGGACAUGUUACGAAAGCAGGCGAUAUUGCAGGACCUCGUGUUUUGGAGCACAUAGUAGAUGUUGUCUUGUACUUGGAGGGUGAAGAAUCAUCAACAUACCGCUUACUUCGAUCUGUGAAGAAUCGGUUUGGGUCGACUGAUGAACUUGGAGUUUUUGAAAUGGCAAACUCAGGACUUGAAGUGGUCUCAAACCCUAGUGGCAUAUAUCUUAGUCAACACAACCCAGAUUCAGAUGUUUUAGCUGGAUUAGCUGUAGCAGUUGUUAUGGAUGGAUCUCGGAGUUUCCUAAUUGAAGUACAGGCAUUGUGUUCGCCUGGCUCAACAGUUUCAAGGCAUGUCAAUGGUGUUCAAGCGAGCAGAGCUGACAUGAUAAUUGCAGUUCUUAUGAAGCAAGCUGGUCUUAGAAUUCAGGAAAAUGGGAUUUUUCUGAACGUCGCUAACGGAAUGGCUCUUUCUGAAACUGCUGGCGAUCUUGCAAUUGCAGCAGCAAUUUGUAGCAGUUUCUUGGAGUUUCCAAUUCCUCACGAUGUAGCAUUCAUUGGCGAGAUUGGUCUUGGGGGCGAGGUUCGCACGGUACCAAGAAUGGAGAAAAGGGUAAGUACAGUGGCAAAGCUAGGGUUCAACAAAUGUGUAGUUCCCAAAUCAGUGGAGGAGUCACUAAAGGCGCUAAAUUUGAAAGAGAUUGAGAUAAUCGGAUGCAAGAAUCUCAAAGAGUUAAUUAAUGCUGUGUUUAGGAGCUCAUGAGAUUAAGCAUUUUAUGUUUAGAGGAGACUGAGAUUAAGCAUUUGGUCAACAAUAUCUUUGUCUCUGUAUCUUCUUUUUGCAUAGGACAUUCAAUUUACGGUUUACUUCGGUUUGAUUUUUCCCUUUCUGGUUUUAGUUUUAUCAGUUUUAUGGAGACUAAAACCAGCUCAGACCA